AUGGACCUGUGUGUGACCAUCAAAGGGGUCUCCUUCCUCUUGCAAACGGGCAUGGGCAUCUUGGGAAACACCGUGGUGCUUUUGGCGUACGCAAACAUCAUCUGCACAGAACCGAAGCUCCUUCCCGUGGACCUGAUCCUGUGCCACCUGGCCUUCGCCAACCUCAUGCUGCUCCUGACCCGCUGCGUCCCUCAGACUAUGACCGUCUUCGGGCUGAGGGACCUCCUGAACGACCCCGGCUGCAAGGUGGUGAUCUACGCCUACCGGAUCGGCCGGGCCCUGUCGGUGUGCAUCACCUGCAUGCUCAGUGUUUUUCAGGCGGUGACCAUCGCCCCCGCCGGGCCCCGCUUGUCCAGGUUGAAGCCUGCGCUUCCCUCCCUGGUCCUCCCCACCUUCGCGGGGCUGUGGAUCCUCAACAUGGCCAUUUGCAUCGCGGCCCCUUUCUUCUCCAUGGCGCCACGUAACGGCACCGUCCCGGCCUUCACCCUCAACCUGGGCUUCUGCCACGUGGACUUCCGGGACAGUCUGUCCUACGUCAUUAACGGGGUGGCGGUCUCCGGGAGGGAUUUCGUGUUCGUCGCCCUGAUGGUGGGCUCCAGCGGCUACAUCCUCCUGCUCCUCCACCGCCACAGCCGCCAGGUGAGAGGGAUUCGCCGCUCUCAGGGCGGCGGGGCAGAGACCAGGGCGGCCAAAACGGUGGUGACCCUGGUGGUUCUCUACGUGGUCUUCUUCGGCAUCGACAACGUGAUCUGGAUCUACAUGCUGACCGUGUCGAACGUAUCCCCAGUGGUGGCUGACAUGAGGGUGUUCUUCUCAUCCUGCUACGCCUCCCUCAGCCCCUACUUCAUCAUCUCCUCCAACAAAAAGGUCAAGGGGAAGAUAAUGUGUGCAGUCGAGCACGACGCGCCCUCGGUGGACACUCAGGAGUCAAAUGUCAAAUAA